AUGCGUGUGGGUGGGGUUGGUGACCCCGAACGCUACGAGGGCUUCUGCGUGGACAUGCUCCAGGAGUUGGCCGGGCUCCUCAAGUUCCGUUUCCACAUCAAACUGGUGGAAGAUGGACUUUAUGGAGCUCCUGAACCCAACGGCUCCUGGACCGGCAUGGUGGGCGAGCUCAUCAACCGGAAAGCCGACCUCGCGGUGGCCGCCUUCACCAUCACGGCUGAACGUGAGAAGGUCAUUGACUUCUCCAAACCCUUCAUGACCUUGGGGAUCAGCAUCCUCUACCGAGUCCACAUGGGUCGCAAGCCGGGUUACUUCUCCUUCUUGGAUCCCUUCUCACCAGCUGUUUGGUUCUUCAUGCUCCUGGCCUACUUGGCUGUCAGUUGUGUCCUCUUCUUGGCCGCCAGGUGA